UGCUGGGGACGUCGGACCCCGACUGGCACCAGGGGCAGGGUGCCCACCCUGGGCGGGGAGAGGUGCCGGCGGAGAGUCGGGCCAUGGCUCGGAAGUGUGAACCUUGUGGGUGCUCCUUUCAGCACCAAAACUGGCACAGCCCGGGUCGGUUUCGGUUUUGGAAGAGCUGUUCCCAGCGGGUGCAGGGAGGCCCCGGACCGGGCGAGAGUGAUGGCUUCCCCAGUUGCGAGUGGAAAAGUUUCCGGCGCCUGCUCGGCCAUGGCGCACUGCAGGGCCCAGCGCACUGGGUCUCGGUCCCGGGCGGGCCUGCCCAGUUGUUCGCUGGUUGGAGCGUCUGGUGUGUGUGGCCCAGGUGUGCCGUAGGUGACUCUGCGAGGGCCGACGCGACGCUCUGGGAUAGAGGGGACUGGGAGCGAGAGGCAGCAACCUCCCGUCAGCCGAACCAGGAGGUUUUUGUAUGGGUGGAGAAGACAGUUGCUGGAAGUGGAAGUGACAAAAUACUUUUUAGGAUGUUUGAAAAUGAAGAAAAAGUGAAAUUACGCCGUCUUGAACCAGCUAUUCAGAAAUUCACUAAGAUAGUAAUCCCAACAGAUCUGGAAAGGUUACGAAAGCACCAGAUAAAUAUUGAGAAGUAUCAACGGUGCAGAAUCUGGGACAAGUUGCAUGAAGAGCAUAUCAAUGCAGGACGUACAGUUCAGCAACUCCGCUCCAAUAUUCGAGAAAUGGAGAAGCUUUGUUUGAAAGUCCGAAAGGAUGACCUGAUACUUCUAAAGAGAAUGAUAGAUCCUGUUAAAGAAGCAGCUUCAGCAGCCACAGCUGAAUUUCUCCAACUCCAUUUGGCAUCUGUUGAAGAACUUAAAAAACAAUUUAAUGAUGAAGAAGCUUUAUUACAACCUUCUUUGACCAGAUCCAUGACUGUUGGUGGAGCAAUUCACACUCCUGAAGCUGAAGCUGAAGCUGAUUCUCAGAGUUUGACUCAGAUAUAUGCAUUGCCUGAAAUUCCUCGAGAUCAAAAUGCUGCAGAAUCAUGGGAAACCUUAGAAGCGGACUUAAUUGAACUUAACCAACUGGUCACUGAUUUCUCUCUCCUAGUGAAUGUGGAAAGACUUCAUGGUCAAUCAAACCAUAGUAUAAUCUUAUUCUUAAAACAUAAAAAUUUAUGCUUAUUGGAUCAAGGACAUGUUACUUCUAAGUCUCAGCAGGAAAAGAUUGACAGCAUUGCAGACCAUGUCAACACUGCCGCUGUGAAUGUUGAAGAGGGAACCAAAAACUUGGGGAAGGCUGCAAAAUACAAGCUGGCAGCUCUGCCUGUGGCAGGUGCACUCAUCGGAGGAGUGGUAGGGGGUCCGAUUGGCCUCCUUGCAGGCUUCAAAGUGGCAGGAAUUGCAGCUGCACUUGGUGGUGGGGUGUUAGGCUUCACAGGUGGAAAAUUGAUACAAAGAAGGAAACAGAAAAUGAUGGAGAAGCUCACUUCCAGCUGUCCAGAUCUUCACAGCCAAACUGACAAAAAAUGCAGCUAAAAACCAGACUUUGGUAUUAUUGGCACCAACAUAUUGAUCCUAAUAAGCACCUUGCUGCUUUUGGACACUCAGUCAGCUUUUGGAACACUGCAAAUCAGGACAGUGGCUCUGGAUGCCCAAAUGUGAUUGAACCGUGAUAACAGAUGUAUUUUUUUUGCUGGGUGUUGGAGACUUUAGGGAUCGAGGAGCUUAGACUGUGUAGUGUUUAGUCAGGUCAAAUUUAAAGACUGCCAAGGAGCAAAUUUUCUGCCUGCAAAUGUGAAAAAUGAACUUAAAACUGGGUGAAGGACUUAUGAUAUGUCCUUGAAUUGGAGACCUUAGGACUCAGUGUAUUUGUAGAUUACUCAGGAGUGUUGGAGAAGAACAGGAGUUCAGAAGCCUUUCUGUCAGAGAGGGAAUUCAAGACUAAACUAGGGGCACAGAUGAACUGCAAGAUGGAAUCUAUUUGGUGAACCUGAUUGUAGUUUGAACCAACUUACAUUAUUAUUAGGUGAAGGAAAGUAAUAGUAUAAGAAAAUGAAAGGGGGCCUAACGUCUCUUUCAUAUGUCUUUGUGACACUGGCUACUUUUCAGAACUCUUCCUCUGCCUCUCUUUAAAUGAAAAACACUAAAUACCAAGUGGUAGGGAACAUAUUAAGCCAGUCACCAAGCUCACUGUGUCAGCCUGUCUCCCACCACCUCAACCAUCUAGUGCCCUUUGUUUUCCCUCCCUGGUAACUUUGAAAAGCUUUUCAGUUUGUGGGGUGAAUUAUACUCAUAUGUAAUGAGCACUUUUCUCAUCAUUUGCCUUUUUAGUAUUAUUUGCCAUCUCUAUUUACCCCUUCCUGUAACCUUUAAGUUUAAAAAGAAGGAAACAAAAGGAAAACUUCCAAAUAUUUCCAGCAUUGUUAGAGUUUGGGCUAACAAUGAGGAAGGUCGAAAAUCAUGAGACCAUAUCCUGGUGUACUUUCUAGUUUUGAGGGGUUGAUGUAUCCACUACACAAGGGGCCUCUGAUCCUGUAUCAUUUUCAACUGGCCUUUGGGGAAGCAAAGAACUAGCUUUCUACCUCAACCACCAUUACUACUAUCCCUUCCCCAGGCUUCUUUAUCUCGUAUACUUUCUACAUUUGCUGUUUCUUCCCAAGAAUGCCUUUUACGCUUAAUUUUUCUCACAUUCUUUGGAGUGACAAAGCCCGGUGCCAAGACUCAGUCCCAAUAAAGGAUUUGUGGUGCUAAUACCAACCCUUGACACUGACAUCAAGCAUGGUACAGCCCAACCCCAUGUCUGUCUUCAAACAGAAAGAUUUCACACUUAGAAAAAAAAAACUAAGAUUACAAGCAGUCUCACUCUGUACCCCUAACUCAUUUGAAAUAGGAAGGAAACACCUUUUUGCCUUAUUCUUUACUUUUUUCAGAGGACAAGAAUGGGCAUCUGCCCCUCAAAAGGUAUGAGCAGUUGCCCAGGCUGAGCUUACGAGGAGAUCGAGUGGUUUAUCACUUAGCUUCUCCCUUACUGAGGCUGCUUUAGAUAACUGUUUGCUACCUUUCACUUCUGUCUAAAGAUAUCUCUUUCAUAUUUUUGCAUCUCAUCAAUGAAUUCUAAAUGUGACAAAGCACCAUUUCUUAUUGUCAUUAAAUAACUGGCAAAUAGCAAACCUGCUUACUUAUAUCUUUAAUACAAAAGACAAACUGAGUAAGGGUCAGAUUCUGAUCCAGUAUCUGAUACUGGACAGCUGUAAAGUUGGGAUAAUUACUUUUUUUUUUUUUCCAUUCUGGGAAUUGGACUCUGGGCCUGCACACUGAGCUACAUCCCCAGUCAUUUUUUUUUAAUUUUUGAGACAGGGUCUUGCUAAGUCAUUAAGUUGUCCAGGCUCAAACUCGUAAUUUUUCUGUCUUGGUUUCCCAGAGUGCUGGGAUUACAGGUAUGGCGAGCAUGCCCAGCUUGCUACCCACUUUUUCCUAAACUUUGGUCUUUGCUGUCCCUUCAACCAGCUGUUCAAACCUGAGUGAGGAUCAGAACUCACCCAGAUGUUUAUUUAAAACAAGAUUCUUGUACCUCAGUUGCAGGGAUGAUUCUGAUAUAGCUAGUCCAACCUAGUUGGCUGAAAUUAUAAAUUUAAGAUACAGUUACCUCAAGAUGCAGUUGUGUCACUUAAUUUUGUAGUUUCCAGUAUUCUGCCUUGCCUUGUUGCUGCAUAAUACUCCACUCUGCCAACCCCACAUUGGCCACACUUUGAACAUAACAUCUUAGAAACACUAGGGAUUCAUAAGGACCUGAAGGAGAGAGGAGGCCUACCCCUAUAUUUGAAGCACACAUUCUGUUCUAGGAUUUCUCAUUUUCACUGAGCCAUGUGGGACCCAGUUGUAUGUACUCAUUCUUCAACUUUUACUGCUCAUCAGGAUUGGAGUAUUACACUAGCAGUCUUCAUCCUGCAGCAAUCUACAGCCCUUUAAAAAUGUAUUAUAAAGUUACUUAGAAGUAGUAUCUCAUUUCCCCAAUAUCCAGCUUUUUGUAGAAAUUGCUAAAGUGUUUAAUCAGCUAUAAAGGAAAUAUCUAUAAACUGUAAAGUGCUUAUACAUAUAAAUGGAUAUGACACAGAAACCAAUCGGAAAGCUGAAUUUAAUGCCCUACAGUGUCAGAUUAAAUUUACCUUCUUUAUGAUUACUGUCUUAUUUUUUAUGGCAGUAAGUUAGAAAGCAACGUUUUGAUUAAGGUUUGAGUAUUUGUAGGAGCUUAUUUGGAUAAAGGCAGCACUUCUAAGGACUUUUUUGAUAUCAUGAUCUGAAAUUUUCUCUGAAGAGCAGAGAUUUUGAGUUUUUGGUGUAACCCAUAGUGAAAAGUGCAUUUAUAUAAAAACAGCAUAUGAAUAAUGAAACAGUAUUUAUACCAUCUUGUGCAGUGCAUUUUCAUGCUUUUACAGUUUAUAAAAUAUGCCAGUUGUAACACAUUAUAUUGAUUUGUCUAUACAUAGAUUGCAGCCCUUAGUCUGAAGAAAACCCCCUUAUAGCAGAACUGAUAUUUAGUGAAUACACUCUUUGCCAGUUAGGGCAACUGAGCCUUAGAGUAAUUAAAUGAUGUGCAGAGGGUUAUUCAGUUGCAAAGGGUUCUGGAGAAGCCAGGGUGAAACUGGUUUGUUGAACUGUAAAAACUAUUCUGUUUCUGCAAUGCUAUACUGCCUCUCUCUGCUGAACCGAGGUGAGUCAUGUGUUCUGCCUCCCCCAGACCCUGUAUACAUACUCUGUAAGGCCAGCUUUGUACAUUUUGGUUUCUGCUUCUUGAUCUGAUUCCUCCUCAGCUGUCUGGAAGCCUCAUACUUUUUAAUGAUGGCUUUUACAGAAGUGCAUAGUGUUGAAUUUGAUCCUUAUACUAUAAAAUUAAGGUAUUUUCCAUCCCACCCAACCUACAAAUUAUUUUAUUCAUAGUUUAUAGUCAUUGUUUAAACAGUGCUUUUCAUACUUUUUAAUGAACUUUUUAAAGCAAAUCUUAGCAUAACUCACAGGGGAUGGUACUCGGGAACUUGUACUUUCGAGGCAGGUGUGGUGCCACUGAGCUAAAUCUCCGGCCCUAAAACGUUACUCUUUUGGGAAACCACGUAGAAACUGUAGUGAUGCUAGUAUUACUUAAGAUGUUUGAAACUUUUCUUUUGUAAUUGCCUCCAAAGACAUUUGCAAACCACAUAAAAGCCAUCUCCGUUUUAAUUAGACCAUACUUCCCUUGUCCUUGUGACUGCACCUCUCUUCCUCUCUGUUUUGCCUAUCUUCUGAUGGCUUAGCUCUCCUUCCCUAAUACACAGGAGCCAGGGACCUAAGGAUGCCCAGGAAGUGGUAUGCCACUGCUGCCUAGAAGUAGCCAGAGUUCCUGGAGCAAGGAUGACAUUGAGGUUACACUGAAACAGGCUGUCAAGGGAGAAUCCUUAAGUCCAAAAACCUGCCUGCCCACCUGUAUGUGCUGUAAGUUGUUUAUACAGGGGUAGCAACUAAAUACUGGUAAUAUUGUUCACAGGCAGUUGAAGAAACCUGUAAUAUAAAUAUACAGCAUACAGUAUUUUCUUCCUGUGAAAGUAUAGAAACCAAACCAUGCUUUGUUCACUUUAAAAAUGCAAGGUAUUUCAUUGCUGCCACAGGGAAUCUUUGGGAGGAUGGAUGAAAAAAAAGCCUGGGGAAAAGGUUCUCCUGUGACAUGGACAUUGUCAUCAUAAACCCAAAUGUGGCUGUGGCUCUUGGGUGCUUAUGAAUGCUAGAUGAUGUUUUCAGUAGUCAGGGCCAAGGAUUUAGCUCAGUGGUAUCGCGCCUGCCUUGCAAGCACAAGGUCCUGAGUUUGAUCCCUGGUACCAAAAAAUAAAAAAGUACAGAAUGUUUUCAGUAGUCAGAUGGACACUGCCCCUUUGGCCUAGGUAAAUAUACAACAUUCAGUUUCCGUUUGUUUUUUAUGAACAUGGUUUCUAGCAGGUAGUUCUCACUAUUAUUAAUUUUACACUCUUUCACAGAGAAAUUUCUUGGUUAUUAAAAACUAUGGUAAAGUAUCUUUGGCUACCAUCAAAUAAAUUAGUUUAUUAUGGCAAACAAUGUGCAAUAUUAACAAGACAAUGUGCAAUAUUAACAAGACAAAUUGAAAUAACAUAAAAGCUUUCAAAAGCAAGUAGUUUGUUCCAAAUCACAAGUCUAGUUUGCACAAGAGCUAGAAUUAUAGCCAUGGGAUGGUCUUGGAGAAAAAAAUCCAAGUAAUCUGUGUUUUUGUUAUGGCAUAUCACGCAGCCUGGUGAGGCUUUUGGUGUUUUCAGACCAGCUUCAACAUUCAAACAGGAAAGAAAUCUUUUCCCUAGAGGAAAUCACAUUCAAUUUUUUAACCUUCAAAACAAUGCUAGUCCUGUCACCUAUGCAUCUGAUAGCCAAGCCUGAGGGUUCUUCUUCAACAGUAUAAAUACUGUAGCCUUAAAUGGACCAUUGUCCAGCUCCUAUGAAUAACUUCACUAGUAACAAAGACAUUCAGUAGUCUACUUUUUUUCAUAUAUUUGCAAGUAUUUGAGAUUUUCUUACUUUAAGAUUAAUGACUGAGAUGUUCACUUGGGUUUCAUGAAUCAAACUCCCUAAAAAUAUGUUCCGUUUUAUUGUUAAAACCUUUGGUGUUGCCAAAGAUCAACACAAGAAAAGGCCUAAUGGUGAGCAUUCAUUUGUCAGUUAUGUUGCUCAGUGGUGCUUGAAUAAGGAAACAUGCAAUAAAAUUAAUUCAACAAACAUUUAACUGAAUUUCUGUUGUGUGUUGUAUGCUAGCCCAUCAUAGACCAGUACAACGAAUCUAUCCUAGUAAGUCAUUCAGUUACCUAAAGCAAGAGAAUCACAGCAAAAUACAGUAAAUACACUAAAGGAGGAAUGAACAAAGUAAUACAAGGUCAUAAAGAAUGGAGGGACUGCCUGCUUAGAAAAGGGGGAAGCUCUGUGGGACAUAUGGUUUUGAGUAGUACCUUAAGAAUAAUAUGCCUGGUUGAAGAAGAGUUAUGGGCUUCAGGUGGUAGAGGAACUGCAUAUCCAGAACUGCAUAGUGAAAACCAAGGAAUUAAAAGUAGCUGGAGAUGAAGCUGGUUAGAAGGAGAUACAUAGAGACUAGGGUGUUUAUUUAAAAUUUAGUAAUUCUUAGUAUAUACGAAUUAAUGCUUUGCUUUGUGUCAUGUAAGACUAUUAUCAAUCUUCAUUUGCCUAUGUUGCCUAGGAGGUGAACCUCACGUAUACUAGGGUUUUUGGUAUAUUUGCCCUCCUUUUCCACCUGUAGAAAAUGAUUCACAUUUUCUUUCUUCUCUGUAAGCUCCCAUUAAAUAUUGAACACCCAUUUUCUGCUAGUCAUUCUAUAAAUAUUUAUUAGAAACCUGCUGAGAAAAUAGUUAUGAAAUUCAUCUUUUAGUGUCCAAGGCCUUCACGGUACAGUUUUCCAUCUCUACAUGAAUGUUUCUUGACCAUUGCAAUUCAGUGUCUCCCAUUUCACCCAUGGUUAAUUGUGCAGGGGUAAAAUUCUUGCUGUGGUGGUGGGAUAGUCUCCAACUAGAUUGUAAACUUUUUAGACCAGGGAUCAUAUCAUCUGCUUCUUGCAGUAUUUCUUGGCAUGAAAUACAGUUGUUAUAGAUAGCUAAGUGAGGUAGAAAUAUUAUAGGCAGUCAAGGCUAGGUCCUUGAGGGAGUUAGUGCAGAUGAGAAUGCAUUAUAACUGUAGCUGCAGGUACAUCUGUCGAAAGCCAGGCCUCAAGAUAAGGAGAAUGACCAGGCCUACAUUGUCUCCCCAAAGGAUAAGCAAUACAUUAAAGGUUAUACCAUAAGUGGUGUCACCUGAUCCAAUAAAGUCUAGAUAGCCAUCAGUCACCCACGUAGGUGACCAGGACCUCCUGGUCGAUCUCUUCCUAACAAGGUCCUUGUUCUUUCCAUGUACACCUGCUACAUGACCUGUUUCCCCAUUGGAUCAAUAUUACUUAAGCAACUAUACUUGUAAUUUUAUUGGUUGAUCAUAGUUUUGACCCAUGUUAUCUCAUGAUUUUGCUCUAUAAAACUUCGAGAAAUGGACUCAUUGGCAACCUACUUUUAGGUCCCCUCCUGUCUCUCAGGAGCUAUCUCUCUCAAUAUUUUCCUAUUCUUAACCUCCAUAGUUGCUUAGAAUUCACUCAAUUUUGGGGAACGUGAAGUUGGCAUAUCUGGCAUCUAGCAGUUGAGAGUUAAAUUUAUUUCCCUUGUAUCAUUUGGGGGCCUGCACUGAGAUAAUUGGAAGGAGGUAGGAGUUUGCUUUUGUUUUGUGGAUUCUAGAUUGUGACUUGUUCGGGUAAUCAGAGAUUGUUGUCCUUGUUUGCCAAUUGUUUACACCUUGAAUUUUUAUGCCUUGUCUUUUUUUUAUGCCAUUGUUUUUUGUUGAAAUGAUGAUAAAUUUAAGUUGAGAACAUG